AUGGCCGCUGUCGCUGUGGCGCCGUUGCUGCCCGCCGAGGUUGAGGCGUUGGUGCGGGCGCUGCAGGCCACCGAGCUGCGGGACACCGGCGGACAGGGGUGGCUUCAGCAGCAGGAGUAUGUAGAGAAGCUCAACAUGCACGCCAUUCUGAGUGCCUCCAUGGGUCAGGAGCAGCUCCUCACUGAGCUGCUGGUCACCUACACCAAGAUUCCUGUUCUCAUUGGGGAGCUGAUCUCUGUGGAGAUCUGGAAGCACAAGAUCUUUCCCGUGCUGUGCCGGCUGGAGGACUUCAAGCCAAGAAGCACCUUCCCCAUCUACGUGGUGCUGCACCAUGAAGCCUCCAUCAUUAACCUCUUGGAGACAGUUUUUUUUCACAAGGAGGUCUGUGAGUCAGCAGAGGACAGCAUUCUGGAUUUAAUUGAUUAUUGCCAUCGAAAACUGACCUUGCUUGCAGCUCGGAGCACCAACAGACAGAGCAACCCAGUGGAGCCUCAUCCUGAGGAUCUGGCUAGCCUUUCAUCUAUGCAGGAGCUGCAAAAGCAAGCGGACAAGAUGGAGUUUGAGAUUUCCCUGAAAGCUCUGUCUGUGCUGCGGUUCAUCACUGAUCAGGUGGAGAGCCUGCCCCUGAGCGCACUGACACGGAUGCUGAACACACACAACCUACCCUGCCUCCUUGUCCAGCUGGUGGAGCAUUGCCCCUGGAGCUACUGGGAAGCAGGCAAGUUCAAGAAGUUUGAGAAUGGCACAUGGCAUGUGGUGCCCCCUGAAGACCAGGUGAAGAUGACCAAACUCGAUGGGCAGGUGUGGCUUGCCCUCCUCAACCUCCUGCUCAACCCCGAAUGUCAGCGCAAAUACCACUUUGAUGGCUUCAACAAGAGCCAGCUCCUCAAGCUCCGUGCAUUCCUGACAGAAGUCCUCAUUGACCAGCUGCCCAACUUGGUGGAGAUACAGAGAUUUCUGAGCCACCUCACAGUGACUGAGCCAGCUCCCCCCAAAAAGGAUCUUGUCCUGGAGCAGGUUCCUGUCAUCUGGGACCACAUCAUCAAGAAAAACACGGGGAAGUGGGAGGCCAUCGCCAAGCACCAGGUGAAGUGUGUCUUCAGCCCCACUGAGGAGGAGCUGAAGCUCCGUGCACACAGGUGGACACAGAUCUACAGCCUAGACAUGAUGGAAGCUCUGGCCCUUGACAAGCCUCACUGCAGGGUGUGUGGUGCAGAGGCAGCCAAGCGGUGCUCUCGCUGCCGGAAUGAAUGGUACUGCACACGGGCAUGCCAGGUCCAGCACUGGCAGAAGCACAAGGCUGCCUGCAACCUUAUGGCUGGGGCACUGAAGAGUGUGGAUGGCCUGUAAGGGAAACAGUGACUAGCAUCUGCCCCAUGGCUCAGCAAGGCAGAGGUAACACCCUGCUUGCAGCUGGAAAGGAGAAGCCAAAAAAGGCCCCUCUGCUUGACCUCAGCCCC